GGACCACCAAUGUAAUUUUUUGAAACCAUACAUGGGCAUGUCAAACAAUCAAAAAAUGAACUAAUAGUGAAGAUUGGUAAAAACCACAGGUACCAAAACUGUAAUUUAAUCUAAUGAAAAUUAUUUACUUGGGUGAGGUCUUGGGGGUGUCUUCCACGGCGUCUGGCUUUGCGAAAUCUGGAACAUUUUAGGGAUUUCAAAUCCGAUCUGCAUAUUUCCGGUGUAGGAAUAAUUCGUAUCCGCGGUUCACUAUGGCGUCAUCUCCGUCGUUGACGGAGGAGGAAGAAACCUUCAACUCUUCUUCUGCAGUUAAAUUUGGUACCUCUGAGGCCCUUGAACACGUCCAGCAGCUCACUGACGUUGGGGCGAUGACUCGCCUUCUCCAUGAGUGCAUUGCUUACCAGCGUGGCCUUGAUCUCCAACUCGAGAAUAUCCUCUCCCUCCGACCUGAUCUUGACAAGCAUCUUUCUUUCCUCCAGAAAUCCGCCGACGUGCUAGACAUUGUCAAAUCUGAAUCAGAUCACAUGCUGUCGAAUGUCGAUUCCACUUGUAUUCUCGCCGAUCAGGUCUCCGGCAAGGUCCGCGAACUCGACCUUGCUCAAUCUCGCGUAAAUGAAACCCUCCUCCGCAUCGACGCCAUUGUAGAGAGGUCCAAUUGCAUUGACGGCGUUCAGAAGGCGCUGGAGAACGAAGACUUCGAGUCCGCCGCUAAUUACGUCCAAACAUUUCUUCAAAUCGACGCAAAAUACAAGGAUUCUGGUUCAGAUCAGAGGGAGCAGCUCUUCGCUUCCAAGAAACAACUCGAAUCAAUUGUCAGGCGAAGACUAUCGGCGGCCGUCGACCAGAGAGACCACCAAACCGUCCUUCGUUUCAUCAGACUUUAUUCCCCUCUCUCUCUAGAGGAAGAAGGAUUGCAGGUGUACGUCGGUUACUUAAAGAAGGUGAUAUCCUUGAGAUCCAAACUUGAAUUUGAGCAGUUAGUGGAACUCAUGGAGCAGAAUCAGAGCCAGGUAAAUUUCGUUGCCUGUUUAACCAAUUUAUUUAAAGACAUCGUGCUAGCAAUCGAAGAGAAUGAAGAGAUAUUGAGAAGUCUCUGCGGAGAAGAUGGCAUUGUCUAUGCAAUCUGCGAGCUCCAAGAAGAGUGUGAUUCCAGGGGUUCUCUGAUCUUAAAAAAGUACAUGGAGUUUCGCAAGCUGUCUAAACUGACAUCUGAAAUCAAUUCUUACAAGAACGAAUUGCUAUCUGCCGGGGAAGAAGGGCCAGACCCCAGGGAAAUAGAGCUGUAUCUGGAAGAAAUAUUGUCACUCACACAACUAGGUGAGGACUACACCGAGUACAUGGUUUCAAAGAUAAAGGGCCUAAGCCAAGUCGAUCCAGAAUUAACACCAAGAGCCACCAAAGCUUUCAGGAGUGGGAAUUUUAGCAAAGUUAUUCAAGACAUAACCAGUUAUUACGUGAUCUUGGAAGGAUUCUUCAUGGUUGAAAAUGUCAGAAAAGCUAUCAAGAUCGAUGAGCAUGUAAUGGACAGCCUCACAACUUCCAUGGUUGAUGAUGUGUUCUAUGUUCUUCAGAGUUGCUGUCGCAGAUCCAUAUCCACAUCCAAUAUCAAUUCUGUCAUUGCAGCUUUAAGCAGUGCUGUAAGUUUGCUUGGUGGUGAGUAUAAUGACGCUUUGCAGCAGAAAAUGAGGGAGCCUAACCUUGGAGGAAAGCUGUUUUUAGGUGGUGUUGGAGUGCAAAAGACAGGAAUUGAUAUUUCUACUGCCUUAAAUAACAUGGACGUGAGCAGUGAGUAUGCCCUGAAACUACGACACGAGAUCGAAGAGCAAUGUGCUGAGGUAUUCCCUGGAGCUGGUGAGAGAGAAAGAAUAAAGUCAUGUCUAUCAGAAUUAGGAGAAAUGAGCAACGGAUUCAAAAAAACCCUAAUUUCGGGUCUAGAACAUCUGGUAGGAACCGUGACCCACCGGAUCCGCCCAGUUUUAGACACUGUAGCAACCGUAUCCUACGACCUCUCUGAAACAGAAUACGCGGAAAACGAGGUAAACGACCCAUGGGUCCAACGGCUUCUCCAUGCGGUUGAAUCCAACACAUCCUGGUUCCAACCGCUCAUGACUGUCAACAUCUAUGACUCUUUUGUCCAUUUAGUGAUUGAUUUUAUUGUAAAAAGACUUGAACUUAUCAUGAUGCAAAAGAGAUUCAGUCAACUUGGAGGUUUGCAGCUUGACCGGGAUGUGCGGGCCCUGGUGAGUCAUUUCUCUGGGAUGACUCAGAGAACUGUGAGGGAUAAGUUUGCGAGGCUGACUCAGAUGGCCACCAUUUUGAAUUUGGAGAAGGUUUCGGAGAUUUUGGAGUUUUGGGGGGAGAAUUCGGGGCCUAUGACUUGGAGGUUGACUCCUGCUGAGGUUAGGAGGGUUUUGGGGAUGAGACUUGAUUUUAAACCCGAGGCUAUUGCUGCUUUAAAGUUGUAAUGUAUCUAUCUAUCUGACGUGUAUUUUUUGAAAAGUAAAAUUGGAUCUCUUUCUAUUGCUUCUUA